AUGCGUUUUAACCAAAUUAUUUUUCACGACGGAAAUCUCCGUCUUAGUCCAUUAUUGUUAGGUCAUAUUGAUGUUUUUUCACCAUGUCGAAUCUUACUACUCACUGCCAAGGUGCCAACUCGGAUUGACUGCCACUUCCAUUACCUGGAAGUACAAACGUUAGAAAGCAAGCGAGGUAAUCAACUCAGUAUAACAGUUAAUGAUAAAAUCUACUCAUUUUUGGCCGGCGAAGACUCCUCCUGUAGCACUGAAGUGGAUAAUAUGAUAUCGGCGCUUGCUACGGCAGUAAGAAAUAUAUUUCCUACUGUUCCUUUACAAUAUAUUAUUCGGAAGUUUUACAAGGUUUUUUCACCAUGUCGAAUCUUACUACUCACUGCCAAGGUGCCAACUCGGAUUGACUGCCACUUCCAUUACUUGGAAGUACAAACGUUAGAAAGCAAACGAGGUAAUCAACUCAGUAUAACGGUUAAUGAUAAAAUCUACUCAUUUUUGGCCGGCGAAGACUCCUCCUGUAGCACUGAAGUGGAUAAUAUGAUAUCGGCGCUUGCUACGGCAGUAAGAAACAUAUUUCCUACUGUUCCUUUACAGUAUAUUAUUCGGAAGAUUGAUGUAAUACCCACAUCGAGAUUACAAGUUUUAAGAGACAUCGAAGCCGUUGGAAGUAACAUAAGGGAAGUAGGCCCAUGCGGAGGUUUUUCAAAUCAAUAUGCUUGCAUGUGCGAUUACCACAACAUGCCGUAUCGAGAGGAAGUCGCUUGGGACGUCGACAAUAUUUAUCUUUCUCUAAACACUAGGGAGUUAUGCCUUAAGGAUUUUGAUUAUUUAGAUCAAAAAGAUUUAGUGCCUAUUAUAAACGCAUUGGAAUACAAUACAUGGUUCACAAAACUUAGGGCUAACCAUGUACGAUUAUCUCACGAUAACAUCGAAAAGGUGCUUCAAGUGAUCAAAAAAUCGCUUAGUUUGGAAGAGAUUUAUUUAGAUAGUUUAGGUUUGAAGUCGUGUUUUGUGAAUAAAUUGCAUAAUGCUAUUAAAGGAAACGCUAUUAUUCCUUUAAGUAUUAUUGAUCUUUCAAAUAAUCCAAUUGAAGAUAAAGGUGCUAAUUAUUUAUCUGGUUGUAUCGUAAAAUUAAAUAAGGGAUUAACACAUCUCAACAUGUCACAUACAGGACUCUCUUCGAAAGGUGUAAAUUAUUUGGCUCAAGCGUUUAUUAACCGUAGCAGUUUGUAUACGACUCUUACUUAUUUAAAUUUAAAAGGAAACAAUCUUAAAGAUGAUAUUAGCAGUUUACAUACAUUUUUGAGUCAUCCCAAUGCCAUAACUCAUCUCGAUCUCUCUUCAACUGAUAUUUUAUUAGAAACUUUAUUUGGUGCUUUGGUGAAAGGUUGUACAACCAAUUUAGUUGAUUUAAACAUCUCGAGAAAUCCGUUUAGCAGCAAAAAAUGUAAAGAGGCUCCGUUAUCGUUUAAACAAUUUUUUAGCGCAACUAUGAAUUUGAAAUAUUUAAAUAUGUCUCAUUGUAAAUUACCACAAGAGGCUUUAAAAAACUUACUUCUUGGUCUUGCUUGUAACGAAUUUACUAAAGAAAUCACAUUAGAUAUUAGUAAUAAUUCGUUGGGUAGCCAUGGUGCUCACGUUUUAGAAUCGUGCGUGCACGGAGUCAGGUGUAUAUCUAGUCUUGAUAUUUCUGAUAAUAAUAUGGAUUUAGAAUUAGGUGCCGUUGUAAUAGCAAUUAGUAAAAAUAAAUCAUUAAAACAUUUAAGUAUGGGUAGAAACAUGAUGAAUAUGAAAGCGAAACACAUCGUGACGGUUAUGGAUGCGGUCGUACAAAUCAUCCAAGACGACGAAUGCCUCCUACAAACACUCCUCAUGCCUGAUUGUCGUUUAAAAUCGGAUCUUCACAAUUUCUUAAACGCCCUCGGUGAUAAUAAAUGUCUCGAAACAAUCGAUAUAAGUGGAAAUUUAAUCGGAGAUUCCGGGGCGAGGCUUUUAGCGAAAGCGCUACAAAUCAACACGAAAUUAAAAACAAUCAUUUACGAUCGAAAUAACAUUACUUUACAAGGUUAUAACGAUUUAGCAUACGCUUUAGAGAGUAAUCGAACCGUACAAUACAUGCCAUUUCCGAUUAACGAUAUAACUCCGUGUAUGAAAGCCUCUUCAGCCGAAAAAGCGGAUAUAGUGAUGCGGAAAAUACAGGAUUUAUUAAAUAGGAACGUUUCGCCUAGUAGUAAACACGAACGCAACAAGCAUAUGUCGUUGCAACCAGGAUUUUUAUUAAGCUCAAAACAACACUCGAUUGAUCGCUUGGUUUUACAAACUCAGGAUAUUAUUAAGAAUUUGGCAUCCGAAUCGAUCGCCUCUAACAACGAUAUUAACCACGCUACCGGUGUUAUUCAAGAUGCCGAGAAUUGUAAGCAACUUUUAAAUCGAUUGCAGGAAGUUGCCCAACAAAAGGAUGAGGUGCAUCCGGUUAAGGUUAAGUUGCAACAUUGUGCGAUGGAAAUUCAUACUAGUAUUAAUGAUUAUUUAUUG